AUGAUUGUGUCCAACGUGAGCAUCAGUUGUGGAAAAGCCAACAGCCCAUGGUGCUCGAGUGACAGCACCGUUCAUUUGGAAGGGACUACUUCAGACAGGACACUGACCGCAACCGGACACCUGGUCGUCGCUGUGUGUCUGGGUUUCAUCGGUACUUUUGGUUUUCUCAACAACCUGAUAGUCCUGAUACUCUUCUUUCGCUACAAGAUACUGCGCUCCCCUAUAAACUGUCUGCUAGUGAACAUUUCAGUGAGUGAUUUGCUGGUGUGCGUGCUGGGAACUCCGUUCAGCUUCGCAGCCAGCACACAGGGACGAUGGCUCAUCGGACCGGGAGGAUGCGUGUGGUACGGUUUUAUCAACGCUUGCUUAGGCAUCGUGUCUCUCAUCUCCUUGGCUGUACUGUCAUACGAGCGCUAUUGCACAAUGAUUGGCCCCACCCAGGCAGAUGGCACCAACUACAGGAAGGUUGGCGUGGGGAUUGCAAUUUCUUGGGGUUACUCCAUAGCGUGGACGGUACCCCCGCUUUUUGGCUGGAGCAAGUAUGGCCCCGAAGGUCCUGGGACAACCUGCUCUGUGGACUGGGCCACCAAAACUGCCAACAACAUCUCCUACAUCUUAUGCCUCUUCACCUUCUGUCUUAUCCUCCCCUUCUUGGUCAUUGUCUUCAGCUAUGGAAAGCUUCUGCAUGGCAUCAAACAGGUAAGCAGGAUCAACAUAGCCAUCAGCCGCAAGAGGGAGCAGCAUGUGCUCGUCAUGGUGAUCACCAUGGUGAUCUGCUUCCUGCUGUGCUGGCUGCCCUAUGGCAUCAUGGCGCUCCUGGCAACAUUCAGUCGUCCAGGCCUGGUCACCCCUGAAGUCAGCGUCAUCCCCUCUAUACUGGCCAAGUUCAGCACUUUCAUCAACCCCAUCAUUUACAUCUUUAUGAACAAGCAGUUCUACAGAUGCUUCUAUGCCCUGUUGAAGUGCAAGACUCCAGAGAGAGGUUCGAGCAUCAAGACCUCAUCCAAGGUCAUGAAGCCCCUCAGGACAAUACGCCGAGCCAAUGGCCACAACACGACUAUCGCUGUGCCAUCCACUGGCCAGGCCAUUACAUUUGUGCAUGAAAGCACCCCUCGUCAUGGAGUCUUCGUGGGUGCCGGUAUUGCUGAGAACUCACUGCCGGUAGCCAGCAGGCCUGUGGUCUCACUUGUAGCCCACUAUAAUGGCUGAAAGAUGGGUGGAGAGGAAGAGGAGUAUCUAAGAACCUUCUGGAAAAGAUCAGGGGAAGAAAAACAUCAGUGGAGCCAGUGAAGAUGGGACUGACAUUUGCAAAAGAGGAAGGAAGGCGUGACCAAUUUUAGAGCCAGUGGGAGACAUUUGGCAUAGCACCACAAGCUGAGAAAUAUGUAGAGGGUUGUGACAGGAUGUAGCUCCACACUGACAGUCCGACAACUGAUCUGACUUUAUAGAGGGAAGGAAACAGAAUUAGAAUGUUUAAUUUUUUAAAAAAUGUUCCUUUAUGAUCUGAUUGCAUCUCAUUCCAUCAUUUGUAGCCCUGAAAAUGUUAAUCGACAUUAGACUCGAGGAGGGAGUCUUGUGGAAAGCUCAGCUGAAAGGGCAUGUCUAACUAUAAAGGAACUUUUUUAAACUUUGCUUGACUUAAGGGUUCUAAGAAGUAACAUGAAAGCACCUUAUUAAUGAAGGCAGGAGAUGUGUAAACACACAGUAAUUAAAAUUUGGCUUCUGCAGAGUUCACUGCUUUGUCAUCACCAGUGUCUCAUUACCAGUCCUGGUGAAAAAUGUAUCUGAAUCUGUGGUGAUUCAUUGGUGGACGGUGAGUACUUAAUGGUCAUCACCUUUUUGGCGGGGUCUAAAUCUCUUUUAUCGAUUUAGACAGGAUGUGAUAUUGACCUCAUUGCAAAAUGGAUGAAGUAAACUGGUUUCAUCCUAUUGUGAGCCACAUGAGUCAAAUUGCCUUUCAGCUGUAGGCAUACACAGCAGCCCAGGAAAAACCUUGGUCGUAGGGCUUGCGUUUGCU